AUGACGUCUGGUGUCCAGUGCAGGACCAGGGAGUACAGCCUGGAAGUACCUUCUCAGGUGACUGUGCAAGACGGGCUCUGUGUGCACAUCCCGUGCCAGUUCACUUAUCCUGAAUCACAUAAUGGCCAGCAUGCUCCAUUGUAUGGGUAUUGGUAUGCAGAAGACAAGCCAAGUAGACAGCCAUGUUUAGUGGCCACUAGCAAUCCAGGGAGAAUUCACGAGAUAGACCCUCGGGUUAGGCGUCGUUUCGAAGUGUCAGGGCCAAAACUGAAUUCAGGCGACUGCUCCCUCACCAUCAAUGAGGCUGAAGCAGCUGACCAGACGAUUUACCACUUCCAAAUGGAGAAAGGUCACAGACGCUGGAGUUACUCUGCAGCAAGGGAAAGAUUAUCUGUCAUUGUGACAGUCCUGAAGAACUUCCAGACUGAGAGCCACAACAGUGUGGAAGGUUGCAUGUAUUUCAUACCUACGGUGGAAGACCAUCGGAAAAAUGUCACCUGUGGUAUCACCUAUGGAGAAGGGUCCAACCAUCGGAGUGUCGAGAAGACUGUCAUGCUCAACAUACACCAUCCCCCCAGGAUACUGCCGUUCAGUGGGCACAUUCAAGAUCGCAGAGGAGAUGCCAACCCCCUCAGCAAUCAGACCUGGGAGAGGACACCUAGCCACUCAAUUCGGGUGCACAUCUCAAAUAAUGAACUGAAGAUUUCAGGACUGAGGUUGGAAGACCAGGGCAAGCACGAGUGCCUGGCCAGGAACCGAGAAGGUGGCAUUCCAGCAUCCUUCUACCUUCACGAACAUGAUGUGCAGAACUUCCCAGACGUCUCAGACAGCCAGAUUGUUACAUGGACAGAUGAUUCUCUCCUGGUACGUUGUGAGGCAGAUGCCAACCCCCCCAGCAAUCAGACCUGGGUGAGGGCACCUAGCCACUCAAGUCGGCUGCACAUCUCAAACAAUGAACUGAAGAUUUCAGGACUGAGGUUGGAAGACACAGGCAAAUAUGAGUGCCAGGCCAGGAACCAAGAAGGUACCUCUCGGGCAUCCUUCUACCUUCACGUACAAGGUGUCCAGUGCAAGAAAAAUGGUUACAACCUUGAAGUAUCUUCUCAGGUGACUGUGCAAGUGGGGCUCCGUGUCCACAUCCCAUGCAAUUUCACUUACGAUGCAUCUCGUGAUGACCCGCGUGCUCAGUUGUACGGGUAUUGGUAUAUGGAAGAGAAGCGAAGGAGGAGGCCGCGUUUAGUGGCCACCAGUAAUCCAGAUAGAAUUAAGGAGAUAGACCCGCGAGUUAGGCGUCGCUUUGAGGUGUCAGGGCCAAAACUAAACCAAAGCGACUGCUCCCUCACCAUCCAUGAUGCUGAAGCCGCUGACCAGGCAACUUACCACUUCCGAAUGGAAAAAGGCCGCAAUAAAUACAGCUACUCUGCAGCAGGAGAAAAAUUAUCUGUCAUCGUGACAGAAAAACCCCCAGAUGUAACUGUUUCGGGAUUGCUGAGGGCAGGACAGGAAGCCCGCAUCACUUGUAUAGCCCAUCGGAGGCCUUCCUCAGACCAGCCCAAGAUCACCUGGACAGGCAUUCCCAGAGGAGAAAGCAUUCAGCGUGUGAGCAGCAACAGGGUGGAAAGCCACGUAGACUUCACACCUACGGCAGCAGACCAUCUCCAAAACGUCACCUGCAAAGCCACCUAUUUCAGAGUGCCUGAAUACAUGACUGUGAACAGGACGGUCACGCUCAGUGUCAACUAUCCCCCAAGGAAACUACAGUUCAGUGGGCACCUUACACGCCCCAACGGAGACGUGCAGGACUUCACAAACUUCUCCCAGAUAGUUCCUCGGGAAGGUGACUCUCUCCUGGUUCGUUGCGAGGCGGACAGCAACCCAGAGAGCUUCGUGGGCUGGAAGCUGAGAUUCCCAGGAACUCAUAUAUAA